GUCAUGUUGUCUCAUGUUGAAUACCUCAUUUUUAGACAACAAUUGUGGCUGACACGUUUAGUCCCAAAUUGAGGACAAUCGUAUUUCUGCCAUUUGUGGUUAAAGAAGAUGAAUUCACUCCUCAAGGUGGACAAUGAACUUAAUCUUAAGGUCGAUGUUUUCAGACAACGAAUUACUGGGGAGGCGGAGAACCUAGUUGCAAGUUUUUUCCCAAAUAAGUUAUUGGAACUUGACAAUUUUCUCAAGGAUCCUAUUUUAAACAUCUGUGAACUUAAAGAGAUACACUCAGAAAUCAACUUGACAAUGCCAGGCCCCAUUCUACUCUCAAACCUCCACGAUGGACUUGAAGCGCAAAGUGCCAAAAAGAGGAAAAUGGAAGAUGGUACUGGGGAGGACAAGGUGGCUGGCACCAAGGUCUUUAUCAUGCCUAGUGGGAUGAUGAAGAGCAACACCAAGCUGGUGGACUUGAUCGAGAAGGUCAAGCCAGAGAUCAGGACACUCAUAGAGAAAUGUAACACGGUAAAAAUGUGGGUUCAGUUGCUUAUCCCAAGAAUAGAAGAUGGCAACAACUUUGGGGUUUCAAUUCAGGAGGAGACCGUAGCUGAACUCCGAGCAGUGGAGGGGGAAGCAGCGUCGUACCUCGACCAGAUAUCUGGAUACUACACCACAAGAGCAAAGCUAGUGUCCAAAAUAGCAAAAUACCCACAUGUGGAGGACUACCGGCGCACAGUGACGGAGAUUGAUGAGAAGAAAUACAUCAGCCUCAAGGUCAUAGUUUCAGAGCUGAGAAAUCAAUACGUAACGCUAUACGACAUGAUCUUGAAGAACAUUGACAAGAUCAAGAAGCCUAGGAGCAGCAAUGCUGAAGUAUUGUACUGAGAUUGACUCAGCCACACUUCCCGUUCCCUUCUUCUGCCAGCUGUCAAAGUAGCGGAAGGACUAGAGCUCGACCAUCACUACCAGAUCAGUACAAUCCAGGAAACCAUGGUCCCGGUAUAUUUUCGUUUGAUUGGUAAAAUAUGGUCAUUGUUUUAAAAUCCUUAGAAGAGUAUGUUAUGAGGUCUCUCAACGAACCGUGAGCGAGCAAUGGCUCUGGGAAAAGAACGCUAUGUAUUUUUUUUAUUAAAUUAAAACAAAACCAUUUUGUCCAUGCA